AUGACAGCAACAAACAACAACAGCAACUUUAUCGUUUCUGAUGAAAAAGUUAUUGAUUCAUUAGCUGAGGAAUUAGUUGUGGCAGAAACUAAAACCCUCAACGAAAGAAUUGGUGAAAACAGGAUUGAUUUACAUAACUACCUCAAAUAUGAUGGAGGAAGAGGAAGGAAAACUGGUAUGGCUUUAUUAGUAAAUAAAAUUUCAAAUUUAACGAUUAUAGAUGUUGAUAUCAAUAAAUCGUACAAUGAUGAACUUAAAGAAACAGUUAGAAAAGACAUUUUAUCAAAACUUUCGGAUAAAGAUGUUAUCAUUAAAACCGCUUCAGGAGGUCUUCACAUUUAUUGCAACACCAAUUUCUUCUAUUCAGUUUCGAACAGAAUGAUUAAAUGUUAUUCCUGCAAUGAUUAUGAUAUUGAUAUAAUGACUUCAAUGGAUGAUUCAAAGCGUUCUUUAGUGGUUAUGGCUGAAUCAAGAGUUCGCAAGAAUGCAACAGAACCAAUCAAUACAUACUCAUUCAUUCGUGGAAGUUAUGAUUCAACAUUAACUAGAACAGUGAAUGAUAUAUUAAAUGAUUUGAAUAUUAAGGUAAGAGUUGAACAGAAGAACGAAGAAAUAAAGACUAUCAUGAAUGAAAACAAAGAUGUAAACAUUGACGAUAAACUUGCCCAGAGCAUAGUUGAUGGCAUCUGUGAUUUUGAAGUACAUAAUGACGGUGGAAACAUGAAUUUAGAAAAAGAAGUUACAUUAUUCACACUGUUUCAAGCUAUUAAUUCGUUACCUAAUCAUUUAAUUAAUGAAGCAUAUGAUAACGUUUAUAACUUCUGCAAUUUAACUGAAAAUGCAAAAAGUAAUUUUGAAAAAGCACGUAGUAGAUAUGCACAUUUAAUGACUUCUCCAUUUGUUUUAGUGAAGAUUCUAAAACUUUAUCAAAAGGAAUAUUAUGAUGAAUAUGUUUUACCUUUAUUACGUAAGCCAAAAAUAACAUUUGAUAUAAAACUUGAUGACUCGUUUUUGAUAACAGAUAUUAGACGCAAGGCUGAAAAUCAUCAGUAUAAAAACAGUUCUGAAGUAAUUGAGGAUUUAUCACGUGUAAUCCGUUUUGUAGAUUGUGGAAACAAAUAUUUCAUUCAAAAGGAUUACAACAUACACGACAAAAUGAAUCAAAUAUCAUUCGUUCUUCAAUCAAACAUGAAAGAGUCACUUAAAAUGAUUAAAUUAUUUAAAGAAGAAGGUAAAACCAUAACAGCAUGGGACGUACUAUUAAAUCAAUUGUCUUCAUUAACCGUUAAGGGUGUUUGCUUUAAAUCUGAUUCUCCAGAUGUUUUCUCAACGUUUCAGGGUUAUAAAUACAACAUUCUCGAAAAGCCUGAUUACUCAAAAAUUGAGAUGUUUAUGGAUUUCAUUAAAGAAGCCAUUUGUGAUAAUAAUGAUGAAGUGUAUAAAUACCUUCUCGGGUGGAUUGCAUCAAUGAUUCAACAUCCUGGAAUCAAGAAUGAAACAGCAAUUAUUUUGAAAGGACUUCAGGGAACAGGUAAAAACAGAUUCACGGACAUUAUUUCUGAACUUCUCGCUGGUUAUUCAUGUAAAAACAUUACCGAAAUAGGUGAGCUAACGGGUAAUUUCAACUCAGUUGUUGAAAAUAAAAUGUUUCUUGUACUUAAUGAACUCAAGAAUGUAGGUGAAGACAGACUCGCAAACUUCAACGCUUUGAAAUCAAUUAUAACGGAUAAUGAGAUUAGAAUUAAUGAAAAGAAUCAACCCAGAAGAACUGCUCAGAACGUUGCUAAUUUCAUUUUCGUAACUAAUAACGUCUACCCUGUCAAAAUUGAAGUUGGAGACAGAAGAUACGUAGUUUUAAGGGUUAAUGGUAAAUUCAAGGGUCAAUUUGAUUACUUCAAGAAUUUAAUGGAUUCAUGCACUAAGGAAUUUUAUGAUAAUUUACUGACGUAUUUUAUGCAAUAUGACCUUUCAUCAUUUAAUGUACGAAUCAUUCCGAUGACUGAAGCCAAACAAGAUUUAAUAGAAUUAUCAACAAAUCCUUUAGAU